AUGUCCAUCCGUCGGAAGGCCGAAGAACAAGCUGGACCGGCGCCUCUUUCAACCAUCGGCCUCGCCCGCGCCCUAGUGUCUCGCGCUGGGGGACCCGACCAUGGCUCGCUUUCCUCGGACCAGAGCGCCGCCGAACCCAUGGAUGACCAGACCCUGCGCGAGGCGCUUUCCCAGACGUCAGCGGAUGCGGCCCUGGGUGAAGCCACCCCCGCAGAGCCCGAAUACAUCUCAGGAAUCCGCUCCGAGCCUGGCAAAAGCCUGAGGAGUAACCUGAAAAGGCUCAGCGCGGCCGUCAAGGAUGCUGGUGAUCGCGAUUUCGAAAAGCUGCACGCCAGUGUGCGUGGGCCCGUAAAACACCUCUCCUUCACCCUCGCCUGGUUCAAGUACAGCGGCUUGUACGCCCCCAACCAGAAAUACGACAUGCCCCCGCCGCCCGAAAUGCUCGUCGACUCCUUCAACGAUUUUAUGGCCGACCUGAACAACAAGCUCGCCAGCGGCUUCGGCACCAAAUCCCUGCCAGAAGACCAGCUCGCGCGCUACAGGCUCAAGUCGGUCCUGCCCGAGAACCACACGCCGGUCCAGUUCAAGGGCUGGCCCGUGCUCCGCAUCAAGUUCUCGGCGCCGCUCAUGCGCGUCAAGGUCACGACCAGGGGACGCGGGCCCACUCUGGCCGAUGCGACCACGGCCGCCAUCGCCGGCCUCUAUGCUCAGGAGGACGUGCGCCAGCUGAUCAGGAACUUCAACCGCGUCGAGGCCGUCGUCCACGAGGCUCCACCGUCGUACGGGUUGCUGAGGAAGGUGUACACCUCGACUAUCAGCGCGGGCGACUUCCCCCAUAUCCAAACACACCAGGACGAAAGAGGCAACGUGCUCCGCGUCACCAAACAAAAGUGUCGCUUCGAGAGGCCCAUCAAGAUCAUCAUCGAAGCCCCAAGGCUCGGCAUCAAGGUCGAGGCCAAUGAAUACAUUGAAAAGGCGUGCCGCGACUUUCUGGAAGCACUCGAGUCUCGCGUGAAGAGCGAUGCCGAGGUCCCCGAUGCCCCCUCCAGCUUCGGGUCCGUCACCCACGAGAACGCGCGGAGCAUCCUCGAGCUACGGCACCCCGGCUGCGUCUUCUCGUUCUCGAUGCCCAGGGACCUGAGCCUGCGCCGCAUGGGCGUCCAGGUGGUCCAGUGCACCCGAAACUCGAUCCCGUUUGGCCCCUCGGUCCUAGUGUCUCUUCCGCCGAUUGGAAAGUGGAAAACCACAGAUCCUGCAAUUCAGAAGAUUGCCCGAGAAGCAGCAAACUUUGCCUACAUGGCCGCGGCCAUGUAUCCGUUCCAGGGCAAGGCGCCUAUUGGGAUGCCUAGCCACAGAAACCAACGACGCCUCGAGCUGUUAGGCUUCAGCGGGGAGUCCGACGAGGCGGCUGACGAGGAGGAGGGCGACGAUCCAGCAUGGCCAACCCCCAAAGGAAUCGACUUGUCAAAGCCCAAAACCUGGUAA